CUGCAAAAAGUGCGCUCCGCGUGUCCGUAUUCCGGCGGCCCGUCCAUGUUCUAAACCGCGCCCGGGCCGCGCUCUUGGAUAUUCACGAAAUUUGCAGUGGCAGCGGCAUCGCACAACAUAACACAAACGUGCAAAUAAUUCUGUGAAAGGAGAGGAAGUCGUCGGUGCCCGUGAGGAAAAGUGCGCUAGGGUUUCACGCGGUUCAAUCUUUUGCGUGUGAACAACGUCGGCAGCCGGCGAGGCGCGCCGUCUCUGGAAAAGAGCGCGUCUCGGCGCGUUCCCGUGCUUAUCGACAUUCGGCCGAGAAUUUUAUUCGGUCAGCCUCAUCAGCCCAUUCGACGCCUCGCACCCAGUUUUCUCAUUUUGCAAUCCAGUGACAACGCGUCUAUCGUGCAAGCUAAGGUGUACUGGGUCCUGUCGCGUGGUUCUUUUUUAGUUGUGAUUCCAAACGUAAGACUUAGAACUAAGAACUACAGUGCAGUGCAAAAUGUGCCUUCAGCGCGAUUAAGCACAUCGUCAACGACAAAUCGUCUGUACUGCAUAUAAAAAAACCUAUCCUUGUGUGCUGGGAAAUAUGCGCGUGCCGUUUCUCAGUCAUAUCUCAAGCAACGCGACGGUUUGCUUAUUUGACAUGUAUUGAAAUUUGCUCUUGCCGUUUGAUCGUUGUUCUAUGUGGACAUUAUUUAUGGACCGCAAAUCAGCGCGUGUCGCGCCAGGACCUCGACACGGAAUAAUAGGAACUGCCUGACAUUGUCGUUAUCGGCAAGACACGUUUUACGCUUCACUGUCUCGACGGGCUUUCUUAACCGACAUUACUAAUCUUUUCUUGGCUCUGUGGUAUUGUGACAAUUAGCGCACACGGAAUGGAUAUUUUACGCGGUGCAGUUCGAUCGAAUGAGACGACCUCGCUCCCUGUGGUAUAAUCGGCAAUUGUCUAACGCGAACGUUUCACUGUUUAUUAUAAACCAGCAGCAUCAUUUGCCGCCGAAUUAAACGUACUUCGUUGAUAUUGCGCGCUGAUAAACUUCUGCAGUAUACAAGAAACGAUGAUCGACAAUACGAAUCGCACUAAUUGUUAAUGGCAUCAAGAAUUGAAAUCCACAUGCAAAUUACGCGCUGAUCUCGAAUGUCCUGGUACAUACUUGCGCAGUGAACUCUUUUUACUUUAAUGAUGUGCCAUAUUUUUGUGCACUGAUGUCAAAGAAGUUGCAUUGAAUCCUGACGCUUGUGAUACUUAUAUGAGAUAAUACACGUAUAUAAACGCUGCGUAUAUAGAGUCGAUUCCUCUGAUACUCUUAUUCCACGGAAUAUUGAAAAUCGUAUUACGCGUGCGACACUUUCGCAAGAAUUUGAUUAUUAAUUGAAGACUGUUAAGUACUCUAAAUGAGUACGAAGAUUAAUUAUCAGUGAUUUGAUUCUUUUGCGUAGUUCGAUUGGAAUUUCGAUUUUGCUCGAUGUUUAGGCAGAAUAUAUAGACUAUGUGAGACAUACAUAUGUACUGUUAGGGAGAAACGUGCCUAUGAAAAACUUGAUAAGAAAUCUUCAUACCUCGUGCAACCUGAUCCUACGAGCGUCGCCUGGGUUGUGUAAACAUUGGCGUAUGGAAAAGAAAGAAUAAGAAAAAGUACUCUGACAAUAAGAAGCAGUCGCAGAGCACCCUAAAGGACACGAAACAAUUGUUGCGCGACGGCAAAUUCAGAGCCAUUGUGAAAAUAUCCAAGUUGAAGCAGCUGUAUUAGAGCGCGAGGUGCGCCGGCCCGUGCGUAAAUCAUCUUGGACCCCACCUUGACAUAGCGACGAGAACAAUAAAGGUACGCGAUGCAGCAUCGAGUGGAAGCCCAGAUUCUCCACGAGGAACAGAUCUUGGAAGCGAUUGACCAGCUAAGACGGCGUAAAGCGCGUCCUGACGCUGACCGAAUCUGCAAUUAUUUAUUGCGAAAGUUCUCGGUGGACGCGCGUGACACCAUCGCUGACCUCCACCGGCUGAUCGAGGCUGAGAAGGUGAUCCAGGUCGACUAUAAGGGAAACACGAGCUAUCGUAACGCUUCAAAGUGGUCCCGGCUGCAGCUGUACAAGAACAGGCCGGAGGGCUUCGUUAAGGAAAAAUUGAACUCUGCAAUGGUUGCAGGCGCUGUCGCUGAGCUGGUUGUUGAGGAGCCAGAUUACCUUGAUCAGGGUGUACCGGGUUACCGGCUGGUGGAGCAGCUGCUGGACGGUGUGUCCAAUCCUACCUCGCGCAGGAUGGUCGAGGACUUUCUCGGCAAAGAAGUGGCGAGCGGCAAUAUUACGCGGCUUCCUAACGGCAAUUACUCCUUGGUGGCAACGUCCGACAUGACGGCAGAAUCCGCGCAACAUAAUUUUUGCGAGAAUGGUGUGCAAAAGGAUAUGCUCAAUGUGUCCACGACGGGGCUUUACGAUUUUGAUGAGACGGAAGACGUUACGGUGACGGAUUCUAGGUCGAACACUCCUAGGUCAUCGCGACAAGCCAGCCCCAAGCCUGAUCAAGUUAAGAGAGAGGAAUGUUAUGAGAUUAUUGUUGCUCCCAAAAAGCCGGAAUCGCCUAACGAGUCUCUUAAGGAGGAGUCACGCGAGGAUUCCCGGAAUCACCUUCCAGAACUUAAGGAUGAGACUAAAAUCAUCCUCGAGAAUUCGUAUUCUAACCUUAAAAGAUCUGCAAAAGCCGAACGUAAACAGCGCCUCGAAGUUAGGACGGAUGAUCCUAUGGAUAUAGAGAUGAAGUUCGAGGAUUAUAGGACAGAGACGAAAGAUGAACGAGAGAAGAGGGAAGAUGGUGAACAGCUCAGUGAGGAACGGGAUGAAGAGGAUGCUGGAAGGAGUUCUACCAAUCCUUCGCCAACACCUUCCACACUCAAUGUAGGAGGUUUUAGAAGUGCUCGCAGAAAGAGGGCAAAGAAAGUAUUCGACCCUUCGGAUAAUAAUCUUGUUAAACGUAAGCGUGGUCGACAACCUGGAACACAGAAUAAAAAUUCUUUAAUUGCUCAGGAGCCACAGGACUCUAACAAGUCUACAUUGAAAGAUGGACCAAAUCGUCAGUGCAGUCUAUGUGCUAAAGAGAAGCAAGAAAAACUAGUUGCAUGCCGGGAUUGUACUGUUCGUGCUCAUCCCAGUUGUAUAUAUUCUCCAGAAGAAUUGAUACAAAAAUUAGGUAGCAGUUGGCAAUGUGAACGUUGUAAAAGUUGUAUAGUCUGUUGUGAAACUUCAGAUGCUGGUCCUUUGGUAACCUGUUUCUUUUGUGACGAUGCGUACCAUCAUGCUUGCCACACACCUCGAAUAACAUUAUCCAAGUCAAAUUCUAAAUGGCACUGUAAUAAUUGCACACAAAAACAGUCUAAAUCUACUGUAUCACAAAACAUAAGUAUACUGGCAAGUCGGCCAGACACGCCUUCCAAUCCACCUGUCUUGCCACCUGUAUUAAGUCCGCAAGUCUCGCCAGCGAGAGGAUCGUCUGAUCAAAUGGAAGAUGACAGCCCUCGUGAUGGAAUUGAUCCAAACAUACCCGAUGCUUCAGACUGGACGUCGGACCAAGUGUAUCAAUACUUCGCGAGAUUAUUUCCCAAGGAGGCCGAGGUGUUUAGGCAACAAGACAUAGAUGGCCACUCCUUGUUGUUGAUGAAGCGUUCGGAUGUGUUGACCGGUUUGGAUUUACUUUUGGGCCCAGCCUUGAAGAUCUAUCGACAUGUUUUGAAAUUGCAAGUUCGCAGGGACGACCCACGAAUGUAUUGGCUGUGAAGGUUUCUUCUUUUUCUUCGUGUUUUUGCUGGAACAAGGUUGUGCCUAAGUAAGGAUAACAUUUGGCAAUAGGUUCAGACAUGACAUAGUCAAUUGCCAUUAUGCGUUUUCUACGUAAUGCGUGUUUCCCAACGUUUCUUUGGAUUCUGAAAGCUUUUUUGGUUUUGUAUAUAGCACGUUAAUCUUGCAUUCAGAGGAACGUUGUUAAUCACCUUUUAAGAGAGUUUUUAUCUGUAGUUUAAUUGUUGAGAUGCGCUAGGGACGGUAGCACAAAGGACUGGUAGUACCGCCGUCUAAUUUUGUACUGUAUCAUAGUAACUUAUGUAUCAUCCAGGAGUCAUGUACAAUAAACAUUUAUCACAAGCGAACACUGUCUUAAAUAGUUCAAAAUUUAAUGCUACAUCGUCCUUCCAACAUAAAUCAAUAUAAUUGUUUCAGAAAUAAUUGCUGUUGUUGAAUUGUUGUAUAUUAUUGUUAAACGAUUAGCAAUCUUUUAUGAGGGAUACGUAAAUUAAUGCUUACAUAUUUUUAGCUUAGUUCGAAACGCUCACUGAAAUAAAUGCUAUUUAUGUACCUUAUUAAGAUAAUAUAUUCUUUAUUUCUUCACCAUUACAUAUCAAUAAAAUACGAAUAUUAA